AUGAGUGCGGCGAAAUCCUUACGCACGCCGGAUGUAGCAAUACGCCCCUCAGCACUCGACACAGAUGCCACCACACAGGAUCCUGUCGACAAGGUCGCAUCCGAGGGCGACGCGACAACGACGACAACCACUUCUGGUCUGCAACGACAGGAGUGGGAGCUGCUCACACUCAGUACUGCCAUCAAGCUGCUUCUGUUUCCGACAUACCACUCGACGGACUUUGAGGUGCACCGGAAUUGGUUGGCCAUCACGCGCACGCUGCCCAUCCGCGAGUGGUACUUCGAAGCAACGUCACAAUGGACGCUCGACUAUCCACCGUUCUUUGCCUAUUUUUCCUGGGUUCUCGCCCAGCCAGCUCCGCUAGUUGAUCCUUUAAUCGUGAGCUUACACGAAGGGUUGGAGUACGCUGCGUGGCCUUGUAAGGCCUACAUGCGGGCCACGGUGGUCGUCACUGAGCUCGUUCUUGCUGCGGCACUGCUCGCACACUCGAGACUCGGCGCACAAAGGCGGAUGAAGAUUGGAUACGAGGAUGACGUGUCGACAUCGGGCGUGUCUACGUCGCAGCUUCUUGCAGCAAGCCUGUUGCUGCAUCCAGGUCUGAUCAUCAUUGACCAUAUCCACUUCCAAUAUAACGGAUUCCUUUUUGGCGUACUGGCUUGGUCGCUGUGGGCUGCUCGAGAGGACAAGCCGCUGUGGUGCGCCUUCCUAUUCAGCUCGCUUCUCAACCUCAAGCACAUCUAUGUUUACGUCGCACCGCCGUUUCUCAUCUUCCUUCUCCGAUCUUACGUGUUCCCCGUCGGUAGCCAAGACCUAGGACGCAGCGUGGAACGCCUGAUCACGGUUGGAGUGGUCACCUUGAUCCCCUUCUUUCUCAGCCUUGUUCCGCUUGCCAUCGACGGUCUGCGGCACGAAACAGGGUCGAUCGGCGUACUAUCGCAAAUGGUGCAGAGACUGUUCCCGUUCAGUCGCGGCCUGAUCCACGCAUACUGGGCACCGAACGUGUGGGCGCUGUGGACGUUUGCCGAUCGAAUCCUGGUCAAGCUGCUGCCAAGGGUACCUGCACUUCGCAAACUCCUCCCAGCUGGCUUCUUGGCUCGCUAUGAAGCAGCAGCGAGCUCUGGAUUUGCCUCGGCUUCGCGCGGGCUGGUAGAAAACAUUUCCUUCGGCGUGCUUCCCGAGAUAAGCCCUUCGACGUGUUUCCUGCUCACCUUGACGUGCAUGUCGGUGUACAUGGUCAAGCUCUGGCAGACGCCCACGUAUCGGUCCUUCCUCGCUUCGGUGAGCCUGUGUGGCUUUGCCUCGUUCCUGUUCGGCUGGCACGUGCAUGAGAAGGCCAUCAUGCUGCCGCUCAUUCCGUACACUUUCCUUGCGGCGGUAGAUUAUGCCCACUACCGCACGUUUGUGCUGCUCAGCACGACCGGGAUCGUGUCGCUGUUUCCCCUGCUGUUUACGCCCGAAGAGGGUCCAAUCAAGAUCGGUUACUCGAUCGUGUGGGCGCUGCUUGUGUUUGGACCGCUGCAGAGCAGGGUGUUCCGACCGGUGCACUCGAACGUGGGGAUUCUGCUGCAUCGGCUCGAGACGCUGUAUCUGUGGGGAUUCGUAGGGUUGCAGUCCUAUGUUUCGGUCGUGCACCCGAUGGUGUUCGCGAAUGUUUCAGGGCGGAAUACUAUCGCGCAGACUACCAAGCCGGUCGAGGCAGCAUUUAAUUCGACUGCGUCCGAUGUUGGUGCCGUCGCCGUCGAUGCCCCUACAUCACCGAAUGCAGCGGCAGCCGUGCCGGCACAGACAGCAUGCAAGGCAGACGCAAUCGCGAGCGGCUCCGUCAAUGUGCUACUAACGCGAACGGAUCUCAGCUCUGCAGAUCUGACCGCCGAGCAAAGCCCCGCACCCGCCGUCGAUGCAACGAUCACAGCCAGCCCAGCCGAGUUUGACGCUCCUCAACCGGCAGCUUCGACACGGUCGGCCGAUUUGCUGUCCGUGCCAUCUUCUACUGCUAACAUCGCCCAGUCAAGACCUUUGUCUCAGAAGGCGAAAGAGGAACAAGAUGCGACGCCACCCUCGUCGUCGAUGGAGUUUCUGCCGCUGAUGAUGGUGAGUGUGUACUGCAGCCUCGGCGUGAUCUGGGCGUGGCUGCGUGCCUCGACGCUGUAUCUCGUCAGCGAGGCGUGA